ACUGUGAAAAUGUCAAACGGGUCUGCGGGCGCCACGGCCUACGUGAGCCUGGCCACGUUUGCGGUCCCGCCGGGUGGCAAGUACCCCAUCUUCUUGGCGGGCAUCUUCGUCUACUUGUUCUGCGUCUUGUGCAACGUGACGCUGCUGGCGGCCAUCGCGCUGCGCCGCCACCUGCACAAGCCCGUCUACUUCAUCCUGCUCAGCCUGCCGCUCAACGACCUGAUGGGCGUCACGGCCAUGCUGCCCAAAGUCCUGGCGGGCGUGGUGGCCGAGAGCAACCGCACGCCGUACCCGCUGUGCGUCCUCCAGGCCUUCCUGCUGCACCUGUACGGCGGCGGCAUCCUCUUCAUCCUGGCCGCCAUGGCCUUCGACCGCUACGUGGCCAUCUGCAUGCCGCUGCGUUACAACACCGUCAUGACCCCCGGGGUAGUGGUCGGCGUCGUCACCGCGGUGUGGACUCUGGACUUGGUCCUGAUCACGGCGCUCUUCUCCUUGCAGUCCGGGCUGCGGCGCUGCCGCUCGGACGUCGCCAACGUGUUCUGCGACAACCCCUCGCUGCUCAAGCUCAUGUGCGGCGACACGUCCGUCAACAACGUCGUCGGGCUGGUCAGCACGGCCGUCGUGCAGGCGCUCAGCCUGUCCGUCCAGGUCUUUUCCUACGUCAAGAUCUUGAUGGCGUGCGACGCCACCGGGCGCACCGAGCCCAGGAAGAAGGCGGUCAACACCUGCGUGGCUCAGCUGCUCAUCCUGAUCAUCUUCGAGAUCGCCGGCACCUUCACCAUCCUGUCGCACAGGUUCCAAAAUGUGUCGGGCGACUUGCAGAAGGCGAUGGGCGUGUUGAUAUUUCUCAUCUCGCCUCUCCUGAACCCCCUGGUCUACGGGCUGUACACCAGUGAAAUACGAAACGCUCUGCUCGUGGUUUUGAAAAAACGAGUCUUUGUCUAA